AUGUUGGACGCCAACCUUUAUACCCUCAACUUCGUUCGCUCCACUAGUGAGCCCGAGAAGCUGUUCCUCAUCCAAGAAUCCACCGGCGAGCCCGUUUAUUUCCGUCUCAGGGUUCCCGAAGGUAGCGAAACGAGGAGUGAAUUAUAUCAUGCCACAACCCUGGCACCAUUGGGUGUCUUCCAACACCUCUCAUCCAAGUUGAAGUUGAUCUCGUUAGCCAACCCAUCGACGACGAUCGAGCUCAAAAACUCGGGGUACAUCAACUUCGAAUGGACGUUCUAUUUCGAUCGGAUCCUGAAGUUCUGUUGGAGGAAAGACAUAAUCGGGAUGGCUGGCACGAAGCGAGGCUACACAUGUUGGAUGUCUCGAAAACCAGACCCGGAUUAUCCAUGUGCAAUCUACCGACCAGGCACCUCGACGGUCCCGGCAUCCUGCCAAUUCCUCGAUUUCAACAUCCGACGAAUCGAGAACCUGCAAGAUCCACGGGGCCUCGAGUUUGCGAUCAUACUCGCCCUGCUCGGGUUCACUGAAAGCCUCUCCGAGCCUGAGCCGCGCCGAAGUCCACCCGCCUCACCCGGCUACAAUUCGCAGCGAUUGAUAUCGUCGGGAGCGCCGGCCAGCUUGCUUCCCAACUUCUAUGACCCACCGAUCGAAGCUAACGAGAUUCGAGUGACCGAGAACAGCCUGGCCUCUGACCUGGUCGCCCAAGGCCACAAGCUGCUCGACGAUCCACUCUUCGUCUACCUCUCCGUCCAUGCCGCCACCCCGGAAGCUUUCCACCAAGCCACCGCGAUCGCCGACCAAAUCAAACACGACCGACUCCAGUGGUACGGCCAGGAACUCUACCAAUACCUGGUAGACGACAUCAUGAGUCAAGAAACGACCGGUGGAAGGCCGCUUCUGUGUAUUCAUCGGCUUCCCAGUCCUCCAAACCACACUCCUCCAGAUCUACUUGUCCCGGACUCCUUAGAGACUGCUCCCAAACGCAUCUCAUCUACAGAGAUCGAAAGUUCGCCGCUUUCCAGUGGCCGCAAGGCGAACCUAGACCGUCCUCCUUUCAUGGCCCCGUUCAGUAAGAUCGCCUCCAUCGCCAGUUUCUCAUCAAGAUCGAGCGCCUAUUACCAACACAGCAUCACGCCGUAUUACCUAGCCGAAGAAGAUGAAGAAGAGGAACAUGAAGAAGAGGAGGAGGAGGCAGACGACGGCCGAGCGAAAGCAGAAGAAGUAAGCCAAGCUGAAGACCACGACGACGGCCGAGCGAAAGCAGAAGAAGUAAGCCAAGCUGAAGACCACGACGACGAGGACGAGGAGGAGCCGAGAGGGGAAGCCCCAGCCUGCGCAAAAACUGGCGCCGACUCGACGCACAAGAAACCCGAGCCGUUCAUGGUCUGUGUCAACGAGCUCAGUGGCCCGAUGGCCCCGCAGUCCAAACGCAACUCGAUGGUCAUCGUCGUCGAGAAGGCCGGCAGUCGGGAGAGCGUCCGGGCCGGCCGGGCAACCAGUGUCGGCUCGAACAGUGUCUCUCCGGAGCAAGAGCGUGCUGGAAGCAGCGUCCCAAGUAGUGAGGACAGUCGAGAAACCAGCCUCAGUCCGCCCUGCAGUACCACCACCACCGCUACUACUACUACUACGACUGCUACUACUGCUACUACUAGUGAUGAUGAUGAUGGCGGCCAUGUCGAACGGGCCGAGAGCGUCCGAAGCUGCUCCAGCUCCCUCCGCUCCUCGGCCUCCUCCUUCGUCGAAAUCAUCCUCUCCUCCUGCUGCCAAACAUACUCCAACGCGUUCGGCUCCUCCUCUCCUAUCCAACCUGCUCGUCUUCCUAAAUCGAAUCAUCACCAACCCGAGUCUCCUUUCAAACGAAUCGCUCGCAAGAAUCACUCCGCUUGGAAACGCCUCAGUUCCCAUGCCCCGCUCCUCUCUUCUUCCUCUUCUAAAUCCGCGCCCCACCCUUCUUCCUCUACUCCUCCCUCCUCUACUCCCAUCAACUCCGCUGACUUCGUCGCCAAUCUCUUCGCCAGAAAGCUCCAUCUCUCUUGA